AUGAAAAAGGUAGGGAAAGAGAUGGUUAGGUACCUGGGGGAUCAUCAAUUCGGGGUUGGGACACCAGAUGGGGCUGAAGCUAUCCUCCAUUGCGCGAACAGGUUCCUUAACGCCUUUCACGAUGAUGGAGCCUUCGCCAUGCUUACUGUUGACUUCUCCAAUGCCUUCAACCUAGUGGAUCGCACAGCUUUUCUGCGGGAGGUUUGGAUUCAAUGCCCAUCUAUAUUUCCUUGGAUACAUUUUCUUUAUGGGCAAACCGCUAGGCUUUAUGUGGGUAAUGACUGUAUUGGGUCGUCCACGGGGGUCCAGCAGGGGGAUCCUUUGGGACCUCUAUUGUUCGCCCUUGUCUUGCACCCCCUCACACAACGUAUACGAGACAGUUGCACCCUCCCCUUCCACGCGUGGUAUUUGGAUGAUGGUACUAUUAUGGGGAAAACAUCUGAGGUAGCAAAGGCUCUGGCUAUCAUUCAAUCUAAGGGGCCACCUUUGGGGCUCCGGCUUAAUAUAAAAAAAACAGAGGUAUAUUGGCCGUCUUGCAAUGGAGAAAAAUUGGAGGCUAGUUUAUUCCCGAAGGAGAUUGGAAGACCAACGGGGGGCGUGAGACUCCUUGGGGGAGCUGUUAGUCGGGACCCCAGUUUCAUUAGUGCUUUGGCUGCGCGGCGAGCUUCCCGGGCAGUGGGCCUUAUGAGUAGCCUUUCGCAACUCCGAGACCCGCAAAGUGAGCUUCUCCUGCUGCGCUCUUGCAUGGGUGUCGCCAAGCUCCUUUUUGGACUGCGAACUUGUCAACCUGCGUUUGUAAAGGAGGCGGUAUCAUUAUUCGAUAAAGUGCUACGGGGGGCUAUAGAGGACAUUGUGGUGCGUGGGGGCCAGUUUUUUGGGGAUUUUCAGUGGCGGGUCGCUUCUCUGCCCUAUCACAUCUUGCGCGAGAGUGGGGUUGUUGGGAUGGAUGGGGAUUAUGACAUGGCUCUGGGGGAGUUGCAUAGACACCUCCCGGAUUUGGAUAUUGGCGGUUUCGCUAACAGGGACACCGCCCCACCGAAGACCCAGAAGACUUUGGCGAGUGCUCUGUUUUGUCGUAUCGCUCAGAAUAUUGGAUCAGAUUUCUGUACGACCCCUCGUCAAAACGCCGUCCUAGAAUGUUUGCGGGGCCCCCACGCCCAAGAUUUUCUAUCGGUCAUCCCCAUCGAGGGCCUAGGCCAAAAGAUGUCAGCCGUUGAAUACCGUGCUAUCUUAAAAUAUCGGCUCAUGAUUCCUAUGUUCCCUGAUGAUGAGCAAUGCCCGAUUUGCCGGAAAGCUUGCUUAGACCAAUUUGGGGAGCAUGCUCUGCACUGUAAAGAACUGCCAGGUUUUAAGUAUAGGCACGACUGGGUGCGGGAUGUCUUGGGGGACAUCCUCAAACGGGCGGGGAUCUCGGUGAAGAAAGAAGCCCCCGUAAACUUUUGGACAGAUCCGAGGGAAGGAAGAUCCACAUUGCGCCCUGCGGACAUGUUAGUUUUCGGGUGGGAUGCAGGUAAACACGCGUGUGUCGAUCUUACCGGGGUUUCCCCCCUUGUAGGCUUACGGGAUACAGGUUUUGUCCCUGGUCAGGCAAUUGCAAAGGCGGCAGCGAAGAAAAUGGACAAACAUGCAAAAGCCUGCGAGGAUAAUCAACAUUCGUUUAUCGCUUUUGCCUUUGAUACCUUUGGCUCGCUAGCCCCAGAAGCCAUCAGAUUUCUUGAACGGGUCCAACGGGUUGUUCACAGCAACAUUUCGUCUCCUAGAGAUCGGGGUUUCGUUUUUACUAGGUUAGGUUUCGCUAUUCAAAAAGGGGUAGCGGCGCAGCUUGUUGCCCGCUUACCGGCUAUUUUGGUGUAA